CUCAAUUGACUCCCUUGAUAGCGGUCAUUCAUUCCACUGGCUAAUGCUUUCUCUGCCUACAUCCAGCACACCAUCCAGCACACCACAUCCAUCGCAACAAGCGUUGCUUGACAGCAUAGCGUAUCAUGGCUGCAACGUCUGGGGCGCCUGCUGACUCCGCAGUCCUCGGUGAGAUUCUGCGAGAGCUGAGGGACAUCAAGGAUCGCAACAAGGAGUUGGAAGCCAAGGUGGACGCGCUGCAUGGUGCAGCAACCUUGUCGAACGUCGCUUCUCCAUCUUCCUUUGCGGCGCAUACACGACGUUCGUCAGGUGGUGGAUUGUCUCCUUUGCACCGAGCUAUCGGGUCAGCCGCUUCGAAUGCUGUGCCUGCAAAUGCCAAAGACUCUGCGGCCCUGCUAGGUAGCUCUCCACCUGCUCAGCCUCUCGGACCACCUGCCGUUCCUGUCCCUGCUGCGCCUGUAGCCAGCAGCCACGAGAUUGGUAUUUCUGCACUCAAAAAGAACCCAACCGAAGGCUAUUACUCCGAUAGAGUCAUCCUCUCCACCUACCCCGGUCAGAGCGGUAUCAAACCUUUGCCCCUGGUUUGGGGUGCUCAAGAUCCGCAACAGCGUGGCGUCAUCGUAGCGAGCCGUCAUCCCAAUUCGAUAAAGGUCAGAAAUGCUAUUGGCGCAUAUGGAGGAUUCUACUCGGUCUAUAGAGCAUUGGCCAUUGCCCAAGGCAAGCUGAAUCCGAACCAUCGACCAAACUACACAGACACACAACCACCGUUUGAUAUUCCCCCCAACCCUGCCUGGUUCGAUCCCAAAAAGAUCGUCACGCUGGAUCCAUUCGGGCACUUGGCGCCCACUCUCUUCAAAUCCCAUUUUAAUGCGGGCAUCGAUGUCAGACCUACAAGCUCACUCACUCGAGCGCAUAUAAAGAUGGCAGAGCUGGACGCUGCUGUUCUCGCCGGUCGGGUACCUUUGGACGGCAGGAUCGUCGUGACCAGCGACAGAUUACCCGGGACCGAGCCCGGAUCUAACCCGGGUGUGGAAAUUAACUGCAGCAAGGCUGCAGUUGAGCCGGUGUGGUUCUUGCCGGGUGUGGCGGAGAGGCUCGGAGUGCCUGAGGGGCUGCUUCGACGCGCGCUGUUUGAGGACACCGGUGGAAUGUAUCCCGAGCUCCUCACUCGAUCAGACCUCUCGCUCUUCUUGCCGCCCAUUAGCGGUCUCACAGUCUACAUUUUCGGACCCCCAGAGUACAUGCGCGAUCCUACCAAAGAGGUCACCGUGCGCGUUCACGACGAGUGCAACGGCUCGGAUGUUUUUGGCUCGGAUAUUUGCACGUGUCGACCGUACUUGAUUUACGGUAUCGAAGAAGCCAUCAAGUGUGCGCAGAGAGGAGGCAGUGGCGUGAUCGUAUACUUCCGCAAAGAAGGAAGAGCGCUGGGCGAAGUGACGAAGUACCUGGUCUACAAUGCGCGAAAGCGCGGCGUCGAUUCUGCCCACAAUUAUUUCAAGCGCACCGAGGUCAUUGCUGGUGUUGAAGACAUGCGAUUCCAGUCUCUCGGCACGCCGGAUAUUUUGCACUGGCUCGGCAUCACCAAGAUAGACAAUAUGAUCUCCAUGUCCAACCUCAAGCACGACGCCAUCGUAAAUAGUGGUAUCCCGAUCCACAAGCGCUACGAGAUCCCGCCCGAAUUGAUCCCGGCAGACAGUCAAGUGGAAAUCGAAGCCAAGGUCUUUGCCGGAUACUUUUCGGCACGAGAGCACGACAAGCCAUUGGAAAAGGUCGUUGGACGCGGUUGGGAAGAUGUUGCGCAUUGAGAUCUUCUGCUCACCGGCCAAGCGAAAUGUCUGGGGAGGGGGCUGGAGCGGGGUGUAAUCGUCGAGGUGCUCUUGAUGCGCGACGCUGCGAUGCAAUGAGCACAGAGAGCGAAAGUCUCUCCAGCCACUUGAGCGCGAGGGAAAGCUUUCGUCUGCCAAUUACCGCGCUCGAGCUGCCAACGUCACGAUGGAUGAGUGCAGUGGUGACUUUUGUGAUUGCAUUGCGAGAAGUAUAAAUAGCAGGCAUGAUACGAGAAAAUUUUGGAGACGAAAGAGGCC